AGUCCACCGCGGCCGACACGCCCACUCCAACCCCCACACCCACCGAUUCCCUUCUACCUCCCGUGUCACACACUAAACCAAACCACCGAUCAUUUCCACCCGACGCUUCCACCGCCCGAAUCCAGCCAGCCAGCCAGCCAGGCGAAGCUGCGAGGAUGUACCGAGAUCCCAAUCCCUUCGACGAGGGCGCCGACGACAGCGCCUUCUCCAAUGGGGGAGGACGCGGUGGUGCCGCUGGUGGUGGUGGCGGCAAGUCGCAGUUCCAGUUUCGCCCGACGGAGCCCGUCGGAUUCGGCGCCGGUGGCAACGGGGACGCCGCCGUCGACAUCCCCCUUGACAACAUGAACGGUUCGAAUGGCAAGCAAAGUGAGCUCUCGCAGUGGCAGGCAGAUCUCAAGAGGCGAGAGGCGGACAUAAAGAGGAGGGAGGAAGCUCUCAAGAGUGCUGGGGUGCCCAUGGAGGACAAGAACUGGCCGCCAUUCUUCCCAAUCAUCCACCACGACAUUGCCAAUGAAAUACCAGCCAACGCGCAGCGGUUGCAGUAUCUUGCUUUUGCUAGCUGGCUCGGCAUCGUGCUUUGCCUCGUUUGGAAUUUCAUUGCUGUCACAGUCUGUUGGAUCAGAGGGGGGGACUCUAAACUGUUUUUCCUGGCUACUAUCUACGGUAUGCUUGGAGUACCUUUGUCCUACUUGAUGUGGUAUAGGCCUCUGUACCGUGCAAUGAGAACUGACAGCGCAUUCAGCUUUGGGUGGUUUUUCCUUUGUUACAUGCUCCACAUUGGCUUUUGUAUAAUUGCUGCCAUUGCUCCGCCGAUCGUAUUUCGUGGGAAGUCAUUAACGGGUAUACUGGCUGCAAUCGAUACCUUCUCUGAUCAUGCAUUAGUUGGGAUACUUUACUUUGUUGGAUUUGCCUUGUUUUCACUGGAGACAGUUGUGAGCAUUUGGGUUCUUCAGAGAGUAUACAUGUAUUUCAGAGGGCACAAGUGAAGCGGGCAACGGAAGAAAAUACAGAAGUCCACCGGUGUCAUCGGAGCGUGCUGCGGUUCUGUGCAUACAUAUGAGUACAUGCCAUUCUUUGUAUGUUAUGGUAGUUAUGGGAAUAAUUUGCCUCAGAAAUUCAGAAGUUUGUUUAUUUGUUGCAAGAGAGUAGAAGUGUAACAAACGUUGUAUUAGUGUUAUCUCUUGAACUGUCUGUUGUUUAAAACCUUGGAUCUUACCUAUAUAAACUGCAUGUUGUUUGAAGCCUA